AUGCGAUUCUAUCAACAUUGCCAAACGGUCGGCGUAUUCAACCAGAUCGGAGGGGUCCGCCGUAUCAGUAGCAUUGGCACGGGCUCCCUUCAGCAGCUCCUUUCUCCGGACUCGUACAUCGGGAAUUCGGCCGCAGCGCCGAGAUGGAGUAACUGCAAAGAACCCCAGCCAGGUGCAGUGGUUCAUCCUGCUUCGGAGAAGGAUGUGCAAGUAACGGUGAAAUGGGCAGUCGACAACAACAUCCCAUUCUUCGUUCAAAAUGGAGGCAACGGUUGGGCAACUACAUUCACUAUCGACGAUAAUGGAAUCGCCGUCGAUAUAGAUCUGUUGCGUGAUGUGACAUUCAGCGGUGACAAGAACCUCUUUAUAGUAGGUGGUAUCGGCUCCCUAACCGGCGAAUAUGGUCUUCGCGUGGACAAUAUUAUGUCGAUGAACGUGGUGCUUGCAGACGGUAGUUCUGAAGUCAUCACGCUGGAAUCAUCCCCAGACUUAUUUUGGGCGUUACGAGGAGCAGGACCGAACUUCGGCGUUGUGACAUUAGCCGUGCUCAAAGCUCAUCCCGUUAACAGCAACAAAUCAUCUACCGCCUGGACCGGUGCUCUAAUCUAUACACCUACCCAGCUCGACUCUGGGCUAGGGGCAAUCGCGAGCCUAACCAUUGAAGCCACAAAUGUCACUCUCCAUGACUUGGACCUUGGGAAUACGGGUCAACCGUCUAUCGUAGUGUCCGUUUUCUACCAUGGCACGGAAGAUGCAGGGAGGGCCGCGCUUGCCUCACUGCUUUCUGUUGGCCCGGUCUCAGACGGAAUCGCAACCUCGUCAUACGAAACGUGGAACGUUGGAAGCAUAUGUGCUAAAGGGGGCCGUAAGCCGACGUGGGCUGUUGGCAUGUCACGUCUAGAUCCAACCUCAUGGCACGCGGUUUACGAUGUCUGGAAGGAGCUUGUGGGACAGGCUGGUUUUGAGCACAGUUCCGUGCUGCUCAAUAUCAAUGCGAUGGAGAAGGCACGCGAGUUGCCAGUCUCCAGCUCUGUAUUCCCAUUCCGACAGACUGUCAGCCUUUUCGCGUCUAUCACGGCACUGCAUACGGAUCCAGCUCUCGAUGCCACGGCUUUGAGCUACGGGCAAAAGGCAAGGGAAUUGUGGCAAAGUGCCGAUGGACUAGCUCAGCACAGCACGUAA